AUGUGACAAGUGAAGCUCAGUUUUGCCCGUGCUCCUAGUUUUACCUUUCUAGACCUUUUUAACACACGAGAGGCAUUUCAAACAAGCUUUUUGUGUUUUAAUCAGGGUGUUAUUUUGUGUUUUCUUCAACUUUUUUUGGUACAUUUUGAAGGAUUAAGCUGUUAAAUAACCUAAUGGCGUCUAACUUGUGACACCAGUCUCUGCAACAGAGUCCUGAAUCUGCAGAGUAUUUGAGCAGGUGUUUCAGCAGCAGAGCAUAAAACAGAAGACUUGGGGUUUCUUCCUCAUCCUGAAGAGCUAUGGAACUUUCUCUGGCUCACCCGGCCCUCAAAGCCUUCAUGUGUGGUUCCGUCAGCGGGACCUGCUCCACCCUCCUCUUCCAGCCGCUGGACCUGGUGAAGACCCGCCUGCAGACCCUGCAGAGUGGCAUGCAGCCAGGGUCCAGCAGGGUGGGGAUGAUGACAGUGUUCCUGAGCGUGGUGCGAACAGAGCGGCUGCUGGGACUGUGGAAAGGAGUUUCCCCGUCCUUCGCCCGCACCAUCCCCGGGGUCGGGCUCUACUUCAGCACCUACUACUCCGUGAAGCAGCACUUCUUCCAGGACCGAAACCCGGGGCCCCUGCAGGCGGUGCUGCUGGGCGGGGGGGCCCGGGCUGUGGCGGGGGUCGUCAUGCUGCCGGUCACCGUCAUCAAGACCCGCUUUGAGUGCGGCAGGUUCAGCUACAGGAGUGUGUUGGGGGCUCUGCGCAGUGUGUGUGUGACGGAGGGUCCAGCGGCUCUGUUCUCCGGCCUCAUGGCGACGCUGCUCCGAGACGUUCCCUUCUCCGGGAUCUACGUCAUGUUCUACAGCCAGGCCAAGGCGGCGCUGCCUCAGGAGAUCCGCUCCUCCUCCUCCGCCCCCCUCGCUAACUUCUCCUGUGGGCUGGCGUCGGGCGUGUUGGCCUCUCUGAUCACGCAGCCCGCUGACGUGGUGAAGACUCAGGUCCAGGUGAACACACAGCUGAGGACGGCCGAGGCCAUCAGACACAUCUACAGGGAGCAAAAACUGCAGGGCUUCUUCAGAGGAGCUGUACCUCGAGCCCUGAGGAGGACCAUGAUGGCCGCCAUGGCCUGGACCGUGUACGAGCAGAUGAUGGCAAAAUUCGGACUGAAAUCCUGAAAACAAGCCUGAAAAACUAAGAGCCUAAAGUCAGAUCACUGAGAACAGAGUGUCAGAAGUCACUGUCAAACUUUCUGUUAGAACACUGUGAAAUGGAUUCAUUCCUAAAUGCACUUCGGGUGAAUUAGCCAAUCAGAGUGCAGGAUGUCGGGGGCGUUUGGACAAGAUGGAAAACGCAGACCAGUGUCCAAAAACAUGCUGAGGAUAUUUUUUAUCUCCUGCAGCGCUCAGACGACUUCAAGACCUUUUGAAUGUCUUUUUUUUUCACCAGACAAGAGAAUCUUCAAUAGUUCAUCACAACACGAGAUGAAAAUGGUGUCCUCUUUUUAAAACGUAACGGUGUUCUUUUGUUUCUCUUUCUUUUUUUUAUCCGUGGUUUAUUGUUUAAAACACUUGUAAAACUUUCCUUUGUAACUGAGUUUUUUUAAAUGUACUACUGCUACUCUCAAUUAGGUUUAAAAUGUGAGUGCUCCCCCCCCCCCCUCCAGGAGACUGCAGGGAUCAUUAUUUAAUCCCAUCAUGCACUUUGACCCCUGCUGUUAUGUCGUGCACUACUUAAUGCUUUUCUAAUAACGGUGUUAUUUAUAUUCUGACAUAAACUGCCUUCAAACAUC